AAAAAUCAAAACACGCACAAUCACGUAGCCAGGCGGCGAAAUGUCAAAGUCAAUAAAGAAAAAUUCGGUUAGCUGGCUGGCUGGCAGUCUUCCCUUUCCAACCGAACAGCCUACAACAAAAAUAACAAUCGUCCGUAUCAGACAGACGACGACAUCGAAUUCGGAACGUGGCUAUAGCCACCAGGCACAAAUCGGUUUCAGCAGCAGACCUCAGUACAAUUUUCGGUGUUAGGCCAACAACAUCAGGACACGUUUUUACUUUCACAUCGAAAAAAAAAUUAUAUAUUUUUGAGAAAAUUCAAAAACCAUAUGGAAAUCGAGCGAUCGAACAGUUACGUAUAGAGACACUGGCGUAGAAAUACUACCAUUAUGCUAAUCCAUUUGGUCAUCAUGGCUGGUGCCACGUGGGGUUCUAUCUUCUGGAUGCGGUGGCUGUACCUGCACCUGCUAGAGCGCCUCUUCGCCUGGGUGCGCCAUCAGCUGGCGGUGACUCGCCGGAAGCGUGUGCGCGAGGAGCUGGAGCGCCUCGGCCUGGACUCGCAGGAGGUGUUCAGGCAAGAGGAGGAGCAGGUGCAGGAACAGCUGCUGAAAAAAGACAUACAAAAACACAAGUCGUACAAUAAAACCUAUUUGGGAUUACGAGGCGGGGAGGGCGGAGAUAUCAGCGAUCUACCUUCGCCGCCCAUCAAGAAUCGCUUCAACUGCCGCAUGGAGCAAUUCUGCGACGUUCUAUCGGCGGGCUUCAGCAUGGUGUUGGAGGACGAGGUGACGCCGCGCUUUGUGGCCGCACCCGCCCCGGCCGGUGAGUGGAACCUUCUCACCCGCAACCUCCGCCAGCGCAAACGGCACCUCAACUGGCAGCUCCGCGCCGCCUGGCUGGCGGCCUGGAUCGUUCGCUACCUGGUGAUGCUGCCCCUGCGGACCGUCGCCUGCUGGGGCUGCCUGUUGAUGAUCAGCGUGGUAACGGCGCUGCUGGGCCAGCUGCCCGAGUGGUCCUUCAAGCGCCGGCUGGUGGAGUUGGUGAUGCGCCAGUGUUUUCGCAUCACGGCUGGCUGCCUGCCGAUGAUCCAGCGCUUCCACAACGUCCGGAACCGGCCCACCGGUGGCAUCUGUGUGUGCAACCACACCAGCCCCCUCGAUGUCCUGGUGCUCAUGUGCGAUGCCCACUACUCGCUGACCGGCCAGAAGCACGACGGCAUCCUCGGUGUCCUCCAGCACGCCCUGUCUCGGGUGUCGCCCCAUAUGUGGUUCGAUCGCCAGGAGCUGGGCGAUCGGGAGGCCCUCGGCAAGGUCCUCCGCCGCCACGGCACCAGCAAGGACCGACCGCCCAUCCUGCUCUUCCCGGAGGGCACGUGCAUCAACAACACGGCCGUCAUGCAGUUCAAGAAGGGCAGCUUCGCCGUCAGCGACGUCGUCUACCCGGUGGCCAUCCGCUACGACCGGCGCUUCGGCGAGGCCUUCUGGGACAGCACCCGGUACUCGAUGCUCCGCUACAUGCUGAUGGUGGUCAGUUCGUGGUGCAUCUGCUGCGAUGUCUGGUACAUGCCGCCGCUGCGCCGCCGGGUGGACGAGACGCCAGUGGACUUUUCGAAUCGCGUCAAGGCGGCCAUCGCCGCCCAGGCGAACAUCGAAGAUCUGCCCUGGGAUGGGAACCUGAAGCGGCAGGCUCCAGUGCGGAACUGGCAGUAGGAGAAAGGAGCUUGAUGCAAGAGCCAGAACGAACGAAGAACCCGAACACGGACACCAUGGACAAGCCCAGAGGAACUACUACCACUAUUCGCACCUGAGUUUGAGGAGCUCUUUUGGAUCGUUUCUUAGGAUCAUAACCUGUUCACUAGUCUAGUAUUUCCAACAUUUUGCACCCCCGUUUUGUACAAAUUUUUAGCGAAUCUGUAGGUCCAAAUCCCAGCGAAUCCCAUUGGCAAAUGUUGUCCUUUGGGAUAUAAGGAAAAAGUAGAAGCUUACAAAUUUGCAUUGGAACGUAAACCAAGAAGGCGUCAUAUACCAAGGUGAAAUAA